UUUCUUCAACCCCUGUUACCUGAUAUGACAGGUGUGUGUCGUCGCCCCCGCCGCCUACUGACGACUGUCACCGAACACAUGCUGCCCUCACUUCGGUGUCUGAUAGUGCCGUUUCCUUUGUACAAUGAUAGCAAGGUCUGACGGAUUAUAAAGCAAGCAACAGGUGCAUAGCUUUUUACGCCCGUUCCGUGUUACUUGAAUUCUUGGAAUAGGUUUUGCAAUGAGGGACCGUUUAGCAGAGCUGAACUUGAACAAUAAUUUACCAGGUGAUGCCACGAACAGCGAAGAGAACACAACGUAUAUGGAUGAGUUUUUUAAAAAGGUGGGAGAGGUCCAGAUGCUUAUUGAUAAAAUCUCCUGUCAGGUUGAAGAGUUGAAGAGGGCGCACAACACUAUCCUGUCCGCUGCCAACCCAGAACUAAAGAAUAAACAGGAGCUGGAGCAGCUUAAUAAUGAGAUCAGGAGGCAUGCCAGCUCAGUUCAAAUUCAGCUCAAAAACAUUCAGACGUGCCAGCCUGAGGAUGAAAACGCCAACACUGCCUCCGUGUGCCACCGCAUUCAGAAGACCCAGCACACAAUGCUAUCACGUAGGUUUGUCGAGGUCAUGACCACGUACACUGAGGCCCAGGUGUCUUUCAGGGAUAAGAGCAAAAGCCGUAUCAGGAGACAGCUCGAGAUCACUGGACGGCUGACCACAGAUGAAGACCUGGAGGCCAUGUUGCAAAGUGGAAACCCUGCUGUCUUCACAUCUGAUAUCCUCCUAGAUGCACAGAUCACACGGAAGGCCAUGAAUGAGAUCGAGUCACGGCAUCAGGACAUCCUUAGGCUAGAAGCUAGCAUCAAAGAACUGCAUGAGAUGUUUAUGGACAUCGCUGUACUGGUGGAGACCCAGGGGGAGAUGAUGAACAACAUCGAGACGAACGUGAGCAGUGCAUCAGAGUAUGUGAUUAGUGGGAAGAUUGCGACCAAGAAAGCAGUGCGCUACCAGAAACAGGCUCGCAGGAAAUAUAUCAUAGUUGCCAUAGUUGUGCUGGUCCUGCUUGCUGUUAUCGCGCUAAUCGUUGGUCUCUCUGUUGGACUGCCUAAGUCCUAAUUUCAUCUCAUUGGCUUUCCAUUUACUGGGGAAGACAUCACCACAGUCCAUCAGAGAAGACAUUGGAAGCCCUCAAGUGUCAAGUGUCCCUUAACUUAUAGCCCUUAAGUGUUAGACCUUACUUUCCCUAUUCUUGCAGACACUAGUGAGAUUCCAAAUCCUAGCAGAAUGAUGAGACAUCAGUAACAAAUAGACGUGAACAUUCCUAACAACUUUAUACAGACUGAUUGAUUGCAGGUACAUUCUGUUGGUCCUGCUAAGCAGUUAUAAUGAGUAAAUUCAGGGCUCAGUCUUUGUUCAACCAGAGCAGCACAGUAAUGAAACAACUACCUCAGUUUGACAACAAUGUGCAUUUUCAGUUCCUGGUUUUCAUUGUGCAGUCUGUAAGGCCAAAAGACUAUGCACCUUACCUACGGAAUAUGCAUCAAUUGAAAUAGUUGUGGUGAUGACCUAGGCAUGGCAAACCACCCAUUCAAAUCUAGACUUUUUUAGACUCAGGAUGGUCUUGCUUAAGGUGUGAACUUGUCUUAUCCUGUUUACAUUUCUAUGUGGAAUGUUUGCAAUUGUCAUCAUUUGACGACGGGCUCUUUCAAUUACAGCAGUAAUGUCAGUCGAUGUUUUCUUUUCUUUCCUCACAUUCAGUUGUGCCAAACAUACUCAUAAUACGCAGCCACUCCUACAUUUGUUAGUCUGCCUGCUUGGUGUUUAAACGCACUACAGUGAUUCCGUCUUUCAAAUGAUUAAGUUAGCCAUUACAGCAUCGCUCUAGUCAUCUUCUAGUGGUAGUGAUCUUUGAAAUAUCCAUUUGUCCUUGCAUGGCAAACUUUCCUUACAUAUAUCCUCCAAAAGAGGCAUUGAUAAUGACUGAAAAUUAAACAUGUCAGGUAAGAUCUGCUUUUUAACAUUAGAAAGCAUGGAGCACAGCUUGUUGUGUACCUUGCACUUUUGUGACUGUUAAGGAAGUGAUUCAGCUGAAUGAUUGUAUUGGUACGUCAACUUCAACAGUCCUUACACAAUGGGAUCCACAGCUUGUGUAUAUAGUUUGUGAAGAUCUAUACAAACAAUGUGAAUUUCAUGAAAAAAUAAAAGCGGUGUCCUUUUUGUUCAAUACAGUCAGCACACUCUUUGUUCUCAGAUAAUUUCUUAUAUUCUCAGCUCUAGUUGCUAUGGCUACUAUGGUGAUACUUCAGCCUCUUCCAGUGAACAUGAUAAUGAGCUUUAAAAUGCAUUGCAAAAAUGGAGAGAGACAGAAGAAACAAAUCUUCACUUUCUGCAUACAACAACACGUGCUUCACCUGUCCUUCCUCAAUCUGGCAUACUGGCAAAUCCGGUGUCACUCUAGCUCUGACUCCACCCACGCAGGAAGUGGGUAUAUUUAUAGUGUCCCAGCCUGGGCAUGGAGAGCAGGGCCGGUGAGAGACCUACUGGAGCUCUCCAAACCCCCUCUAUUUAUACCUGCCGGCACAGCACACCUGGGCACUGGCCCAAUUCAGCAUCAUCCACCUUUCCUUUUUUUUGCCAGUGUGCUUUGCUGACAAGAAUGUGCUUUCACU